AGACACACCUGUGUGAGAAACAGAGGGGAGGAAAGACACAAGCCCGGAGGCCCUGCCCUCUGUGCGGGGAAGGCCCAGGUCCCUGCCUGCCUCAACAAGGCCACGAUGAGUCGAGGGGCUGCUUUUAGGCACCUGCUCCUGGUGCUGCAGUUGGCGAUGCUCCCCGCGGUCCCUCAGGAAAGAGAGGUGGUGUUGGCGAAGGUGGGAGACACAGCGGAACUGCCCUGCCAUGCUACCCCGGGGAAGAACAUAGGCUUCAACUGGAAACAUUCUUCCAUGGUCAAGAUUCUGGGGCGUCAGGGCUCCUUCUGGCUUACAGGUGCCUCCAAGCUGAAGCACCGCGUCGAAUCGAAAAAAAACCUGUGGGACCAAGGAUCCUUUCCUCUGAUCAUCAAGGAUCUUGAAGCAGCAGACUCAGGGGUUUACUUCUGUGAGGUAGAGGGCAAGAAGCAAGAGGUGGAGUUGCUGGUGUUCGACUUGACUGCCAAGUGGGACACCGGCAGUGGCGGCGGCAGCAACAUCCGCCUCCUGCAAGGGCAGCAGCUGACCCUGACCGUGGAGGGCCCCUCUGGUAGUAGCCCUUCCGUGCAAUGGAAAGGUCCAGGGAAUAAAAGCAAGAGCAGUGGCCAGAGCCUCUCACUGUCUGGGGUGGAGCCGCAGGAGAGCGGUACCUGGACAUGCACCAUCUCCCAGAACCAGAAGACAGUGGUGUUCAACAUAAACAUCUUGGUGCUGGCUUUCCAGAAGGUCUCUAACACAGUCUAUACAAAAGAAGGGGAGCAGGUGGAGUUCUCCUUCCCGCUUAACUUCGAAGAUGAAAACCUGAGCGGGGAGCUGAGGUGGCAGGCAGAGGGGACUCCCUCUUCCCGGCUCUGGAUCUCCUUCGUCUUGGAGAACGGGAAGCUAUCGUUGAAAGAUACUCACCACGCCAGACUCCAGAUGAAGGGUUUUCCCCCGCUCAGCUUUAUCCUGCCCCAGGCUUUGUCUCAGUAUGCUGGUUCUGGAAACCUGACCCUGAGUCUUGCCAAGGGAACAUUGCAGCGGGAAGUGAAUCUCGUGGUGAUGAGAGUGACUAAGUCUCAGAACAAUUUGACCUGCGAGGUGCUAGGACCCACCUCCCCUGAGCUGACUCUGAGCUUGAAUCUGGAAGAGCGGGCUGCCAAAUUCUCGAAGCAGCAGAAGCUGGUAUCUGUGGUGGACCCUGAGAGGGGAACAUGGCAGUGUCUACUGAGUGACAAGGACAAAGUCCUGCUAGCCUCCAAGGUCGAGGUUUUGUCCCCAGUGCUCACCAAGGCCUGGCCAAAGCUCUUGGCCAUUGUGCUGGGCGGGAUCUUAGGCCUUCUGCUUUUCAUUGGGCUCUGCAUCUUCUGCUGUGUUAAAUGCUGGCACCGCAGGCGCCAGGCAGAGCGGAUGUCUCAGAUCAAGAGACUCCUCAGUGAGAACAAGACCUGCCAGUGCUCCCACAGGCUCCAGAAGACAUGCAAUCUCAUUUGAGGCACAGGGCCAGGGGCGUUUCCGGCUUGCAGCCUCCCCAGCUGUCUUUCCCCUGCCUUUCCUCCUGGGCUCCUGGGCCUUUGGACCAGAUGAAUGUAG